AUGACAGAAAGGUUAACUGCAAGAGACCGAAUGACAUGGGAUAACUUAUUAGAUCUAGAACCCAUCGACAUCUCUCGUCAAGCAAAAAGUCUCUUUCAAAAAGCUCAAAGUAAAUUAUCAGUAGGAUCGGGUCAUCAGAUCACUGGAAUCAGUGGUAAUGAUCGUGCAUUAGCUUGCUUAUCUCUCUUGCUAGUCAAGUCUAGAUUAUCACCUACAGAGAAAAAAGAAAUCGAAACAGCUCUUCAACGUAGAUCAGGAGUAGCACCUAAGAUCUUUUCAAAUGCUGCUAAACAACUUUCAAACAUAUUAAUACCUACUAUGACCAUCACCAAUGAAAGAACUCGUAAAAGACGUGAACCAAUAGAAGAAUCAUCAAAUGAAUCACAUGAUCAUUUAGAUUGGGGUACUUUAUUAGAUGAUGAAGCUGAAGAAAUUGUUAAGAAAUCAAAAAAACUUUUCAAACAAAUCAAUUCGAUCUUACAAGCUGGCGAUCAUCGGAUUGUAGGUUUGAAUGGAAACAGACGUGCGACGGCUUGUUUAUCACUCUACUUUGCCAAGUCUAACAAACAGAAUGAUUCGUCUGGUGAACUUGAGAAACAACUUUACCGACUCUCAGGUGUGACUUCCAGGAUCUUCUCACAGGCCAUUCAACAACUCAAAGAAAUCUUAAGGCUUUCACCUUCUUCGCCCACCAAACAAACUUUAACAUCGGAUCCGAACUUAACAAGUACUACUUCACCCAGUGGAAGUAUGGGAAAACGAAAGCGAGAAAUGACGGAUGGUGGACGGACUGAAGCUUUAGAAGGACUCAUGAAAUCACCUACCAAACGUACUCAUCUAGAUUCCACCAUCACCUCCGAAACCGAUUCGAUCUUUUCACCCACGACUUCUAAACGUCUUCAACCAGGUCUAUUUCCAACCUCACAACCUCAUCCAAAACGAUCCCAACCUUCUUCACCACUUAAACCCAAUCGACAUCGAACCAUCGAAAAGACUCCAUUGAAUUUACCAACAAGACAAGCUCCAAUCAAACCGAUGUGUAUCUUUGAAUCUAGACUGAUCUUUAAUCCUGAUCAUCGUACAAGUCAAUCUGAUCAAAUCUCAUUUGAUGAUUGGAAUUGGAAAUCUAAUUUAGUGGAGUUAGAUUGGAAUGAAUCAGAUUUGAUUAAAUGGGAAAAAUGGAUUCAAAAAUCGAUUGUAACCACUAGAUAG